AUGGUAAGGGCGGUACCUGGGACACAUGACAGAUCCCAGAAGCCGCCGGCCGACCAAUCACAAAGCGCAAUUGCUUCUCCGCUCAUGCGCACUGGGCACCCGGCUGUCAUGCCGAGCCACCCACACUACAGAAGCCGGGAAGACAGCGCGCGGCUGGAUAGAGGAACAGGUAAGAUCAAAGAAUCAACUGCGGAAGUAAGAGCGGGUAACCUGUCAAAUUCAGGUACCCGCUCCCCACCUCCCCAAAGGUCAGCAGUCAUCUGUACUGUCCGCAUUCUCUGGUCAUCCCUGUGCUGUCCGCAGUCUCUGGUCAUCCCUGUGCUGUCCGCAGUCUCUGGUCAUCCCUGUGCUGUCCGCAGUCUCUGGUCAUCCCUG